AUGGCUCCCGGUUGCCUGGCCAAACGCCCAGUUGUCGUUAUCGUCGGCCUCUCCGAUCCCUCUCCACCCAGUCGGCUGAAAACUCGAAAUCAUAGCUCGGUCAUGUGGGCCAAUAGCGAAAAUGCCGCGCCCUUAGUCGAUGCUGUAUCUUGUGGUCAAUGCGAGACUGCAACUGCGGGAAUUUUUGCUAGCGAACCAUAA